UCUUAUUAGGCUCAGAUAACCCUCGCAAGUCGGCGGACAGAGAGACUCUUGGCACGCUAAGAAUUUGAGAACCCAAGUAGGCAGAGAAGGAGAAGGAGUGAAAACAAUAAUCAAGGCAAUGAAUUCAACACUCAUGCUGCGCCGCUUUUGCUGCUGUAAUGCAACAGUGACAUCAUCAUCAGCAGUUUCCUCCCAGAAGAAGCCGCUUGUCUUCUUGGGCUCCCCUGAGGUGUCGGCAACUGUUCUUGAUUCCCUUUUCAAUGCAUCCUCCAAGCCCGACUUCACGUUUGAGGUAGCAGCAAUUGUGACUCAACCGCCUGCAAGAAGAGGAAGGGGCAAGAAGCUGAUGCCUUCCCCAGUUGCUCAGCAUGCCCUUGACAGAGGUUUCCCAUCUGACCUCAUUUUCACUCCUGAAAGGGCUGGUGAGGAAGCAUUCUUGUAUAGUCUAAAAGCAUUGCAGCCAGACCUUUGUGUCACAGCAGCUUAUGGCAAUAUACUGCCCACCAAGUUUCUCAACAUUCCACCAAUGGGGACAGUCAACAUACACCCAAGUCUACUGCCACUUUACCGUGGUGCUGCUCCAGUUCAAAGAGCAUUACAGGAUGGUGUCAAAGAAACUGGAGUAUCUUUAGCGUUCACUAUUCGUGCGUUGGAUGCUGGACCUAUCAUUGCACGCAAAACACUAGAAGUGGAUGAUCACAUUAAGGCUCCUGAACUACUGGAUUUGCUAUUUUCUGAAGGCACAAAGCUUCUGAUUCAUGAGCUUCCCUCAUUGUUUGACGGGGCAGCCAAAGAAAAGGCGGAACCACAAGAUGAUUCAAAGGCCACCUUAGCUCCUAAGAUUACACCUGAGGAGUCUUGGCUUUGCUUUGAUGAAGAAGCCUCAGUCCUGCACAACAAGGUUCGUGCAUUUGCAGGGUGGCCUGGUACUCGAGCGAAAGUAAUAGUUAUCGGCACCAAAAAUGACCAAGACAUACUAGACCUUAAGGUCAUCACCACAAGAGUUUCUUCCCACCGAAAUCAUGUAACUGAAGAAGAUGAGAUUACUUUUGCAAAUGGUGCCUUGGUGUUUCCAUGUGCAAGAUCCAGUGGGCUGGAGGUAUUGGAGGUCCAGCCGCCUGGCAAAAAGGUCAUGCCUGCUGCAGCAUUCUGGAAUGGUUUGCGAGGUCAAAAGCUGAAGAUAGUAAAGAUGGAACGAGUUCUCCCUGCGGCUAUGUCAACAUUGUAAAGCUUUUCUUAAUAAAAGAUUCAGGUAUAGCAAGCCUGUUAGGGCCGUCACAUCUCCCCUGGGUCAUUUCCAGGAUACUCUAAAACCAUAAGCCUUGGUUUCUAUGACACAUUGAUGUUGUAAACUUUUUUUUGGGUCAAUUGACGAGAAAUCAACGAAAGUGUUUUGGACAUGCAUGAAACUGUUAUGUAUUUUGAUAGUAGAAACGGAAUGAUAUUGGUA